GAAGCGGGGAGUCGUAUGAGUACAAAAGGACACAUCAUCUGGAUGAUUUAGAGACGCGGGCUAGAGCGAGUGUUCUCCCAAUGGAGACUCAGAAGCAACUCUGGGUCUCUUUUCUGAUCCUUGUGGGUUUUCUACAAGUUAAUGGAGGAUCCAAUAUGCAGAGGUGUGAUUACAAUGUGAAUGGCUCCAUAUUCGAAUAUGGGGCGAAUGCUUUAAAUAAGAGCCUGUACAUUCCUCUGCAUCAGUAUGCUGGGAAGUACAUCCUCAUCGUAAAUGUGGCCACUUUCUGAGGACUCACCUUCCAGUAUGUGGAACUGAAUGCACUUCAUGAUGAACUGAAAGACUUGGGAUUCACCAUUCUCGGAUUUCCUUGCAACCAAUUCGGGCUUCAAGAGCCAGGGAACAACCAUGAAAUCUUGCCAACUCUAAAGUACGUGAGACCAGGCAAUGGGUUUGUUCCAAACUUCCAGCUCUUCGAAAGAGGUGAUGUGAAUGGGUUAAACGAGCAAAAGCUUUUCACCUUCCUGAAGAGUGCCUGCCCACCUGUGGGUGACAGCUUUGGAAACCCCAGCAAGAGACUGUUCUGGGAGCCCUUGAAGAUCAAUGACAUCAAGUGGAACUUUGAAAAGUUUCUGGUGGCUCCGGAUGGGAAGCCUGUGAUGAGGUGGUUUCCCAGGGUGAAUGUUUCUGAAGUCCGAGCUGACAUCUUAAAACACCUCCGUCAGCAGUAUUCCAAACACUAAUCGACUCCUGAAUUGUGAUUGUUUUUUACAAUGGCUCCAUAGAAGUCCUACCCUAUCAAAGUAGUUGAUGUCAGUUUAAGGGAAAUUGUAUUUAAAUAUAAACCAAGUGUUCUAGAUCAGUAUUCUUUACUACUGGUGCUGGAGGCCCACAGAAUGGAGCAGUUCACUUUCUUCCCUAAUCCCACCUGAUUUUAUAAAGGGCUCGAGAAUGAUCUAACUGUCUUAAGUUUGUAGGGAAAAUGCUAAACUGCACAGUGCAGUGGCUCUCCAGCAUUGGCACGUGACUGAUGCUGCUUCAUGCAGAAUGUUCAUGGAGCAGGGUGCACUGGUGGAUCUGGAGACUGGUGUUUCAUGAAGGUGAGGUUUUAAAGCAGACCCUCUGCAAAACCUGACUGGAGGCUGGGUGACCCAGAGCGGUCUUUUAGUGCAUUCAGGCUGCUCUGAGUCUCUGGCACACCCACUCUCCUGAGACAUCUGCCAGCCCUGCUCAAGUCUGUGUGGGUGUCUGAUCAAUAAAGCAUUCAGCAUAA